AUGAAACGGGCCGGCACACAGCCGACCAAAUCAUCCAAGCCGUCGACGUCGACUAAAGACCCCGAGCCCUCGACAUCGAAACAAUCCGAUGAGGAAUCCGACCAGAUCUUGGACAUCGAGACAAAGGAUUCGAUCUCCGACAAUGGAGAGGAAGAUCCAUAUGAAGGAUUUAAGGGUGACUUGAAGGAAAUCUUCAAGUAUGGAGCGGACACCGAUGAAUCACAAUGGCCGGCUCCAGACGACGUACGCCAGCGCCUCCCAGACGAACAGGAGAACGAUUCGAAGAAGGAAGAAACGGACUCAUCCGAAGACGACGAUGAGGGCGAUUCGUUCGACUACCAUACACCAAAAAACGGAUCGGAUAACGACGACGACGACGACAACGGUAAACCACCACCGUCGGCUCCGGCACCCCAGGGCGAACCGGAGAUAUCGGAUAAGCAACCCAAAGAAAAGGGCGGAGGCGACAAGGCCGACGAUCCUAAGGAAGAAGAAGACGACGGUGGAGUAUACGCCCCUCGUCACUACGGUUAA